AUGGCAACCCGAUCAGCAACCGCAGGCCUGCUGGCGCGCCAGCUAAAGCAAAUGCAAACCGACAAAGACAUACCCGGCAUAAGCUGCGGGCUGGUCGACAACAACGUCUUCGAGUGGGAGGUGAUGCUUAUGAUCAGCGACGAGUGCAAGUUUUAUGGCGGUGGAUUCUUCCGCGCCCGCCUCAGCUUUCCGCCGGAGUAUCCUCUACUGCCGCCGAAAAUGAAGUUCGAGACGCCGAUAUGGCAUCCCAACAUCUACCAGAACGGCGAAGUCUGCAUCUCGAUCCUCCACCCCCCUGAAGAAGACAAAUACGGCUACGAGUCGGCCUCGGAGCGGUGGUCGCCGGUCCAGAGCCCGGAGACGAUAUUGCUGAGUGUUAUCAGCAUGCUGAGUAGUCCAAACGACGAGAGUCCGGCGAAUGUGGAGGCGGCGACGAUGUGGAGGAAUGACGCGAGGGAGUUUAAGAAACGAGUGAGGAAGUGUGUGAGGGAUAGUUUGGAGGCGGAGUAG